GACUGUGAUGCGUCUUUGAGUCUGCAGACGAACCCAGCCUCAUUCCGACCUGAGGAGCCUCUGGUUCUGGUCCACAGACAAGAUCCACAGACCUGCUGCUGGAUCCGGACUGAUCGUAGAGAGGAGAGGAGAGUCCGAGCCGAGCCGAGCCAGACCCGAACCGACCCGAACCGAUCCGAACAGAGCCCUAACACAGACAGAGACCAGACAGGCUGCUUCAUCUACUCCUGCAGAGCCGACCGGAGUCUUCCUCCCGGAUGAUCUGACCCAGGAUCAGUGAUGUUUGUGUGACGUCUACGGGGACUCGAACAUUGGGGGUGGAUCCAACAUGGCCGCCGUGGGUGGAGCUUCAUUAACGGUGUGUCUGUGCGUCCUGCUGCUGCCUGCUGUCACUGGUCUACAGUCGGAGGUCAGACAGUGUGCCUUCACUGACCAGCUCCAGGGGGCGGAGUCUCACAGCGAACCGACUAAUGAGCUGCGAGGAGUGGUGCGAGACAACGGCACGGUCCACUGCAUCCGCGGCUCCCGCUGCUAUGGAUUGUGGGAAAAGAGACCAGACCGGGAAAUACACCUGGUCAAGCAAGGUUGCUGGACUCACACUGGCAACGAGCAGGAGUGUCACAGCGACCGUUGCCUUGUGACUACGACACCCUCUCAGAUCCAGAACGGCAGCUACAGGUUCUGCUGCUGCAGCCGAGACCUCUGCAACGCCAACUUCACCGAGGCCCCGCCCACCGCCGAUACCCCCGCCCUGAGGCCAAUGAAGUCAGACGGGCAGGACGACAGACAGACAGACCACCAGCCGCUGCGGCGGGAGGAGACGGCACUCAUCGCACUGGUAACCGUCGCCAUAGCAGCCGUCAUCAUUGUGGCGUUGUUCCUGGGAUACCGCAUGAUGAAAGGGAAGCAGAAACACGGUCUGUCGGCUCUGGAUGUGAUGGAGGCAGCAAACACAGAUGCUGCUGUCGACCUGGACCAUCUGAAGCUACUGGAGCUGAUUGGUCGAGGUCGUUACGGCUCGGUGUUUCGUGGCUGUCUUAACGAGUGCUGUGUGGCUGUUAAACUCUUCAGUUCGUCCAACCGGCUGAACUUCUCCAACGAGCGCUCCGUCUACCGUCUGCUGCUGCAACAUGACAACAUUGCUCGCUUCCUCACCGCUGACGAGAGGACGGCCUCCGACGGACGACCAGAGUUCCUGAUCCUCAUGGAGUUCUACCCACAUGGCUGUCUGUCUCGCUACCUGUCUGUCCACACAGUGGACUGGUCUACCUGCUGCAGGAUGACUCAUGGAGUGACGAGAGGACUUGCCUUCCUGCACACUGAACUCUACAGAGGAGACCAGUAUAAACCAGCAGUGGCCCACAGAGACGUGACCAGUAGGAACGUCCUGGUCCGGUCCGAUCUGUCCUGCGUCCUCGCUGACUUCGGUCUGUCCAUGAAUCUGACAGGAAGUCGUCCCUGUCGCCCCGGAGACGACGACACUGUGGCGAUAUCUGAGGUGGGGACGGUGCGCUACAUGGCUCCGGAGGUUCUGGGCGGAGCUCUGAACCUUCGGGACUGUGAGUCGGCGCUGAAGCAGGUGGAUGUUUACGCUCUGGGGCUGCUCUACUGGGAGAGCUUCAGGAGGUGCUCUCACCUGUUCACAGGUGAAGCAGUACCUGAGUACCAGCUAGCGUUCCAGGCCGAGCUCGGGAACCAUCCCAGUUUUGAAGAGAUGCAGAUUCUCGUCGCCAGAGAGAAGUUCAGACCCAGAUUCCCUGAAGCCUGGAAGGAAAACAGCCUGGCGUUGCGUUCCCUGAAGGACACGAUGGAGGACUGUUGGGAUCAAGACGCUGAAGCUCGACUCACCGCUCAGUGUGCUGAGGAGAGACUGAGUGACCUCACACUGCUAAGCACACACAACGCAGUACACAACCACAGGAAUCUGUCUCAGGGCCGAUGGCCUCCUUCGGUUGGCUCCGCCUCCUCCUACAUAGAGGAUCUCCAGGUGGGCGUGGUCAAGAAUCUCCAGGGAGACGUCGUCAAGACGACCAUGAGUGCAGCAGAAGGUUCUGAAAAGAACAUAAACUUUAUAAACUAUGAGAGACAGCAGACACAGGCUCGCUCGUCCACACACAUCAAUGUGUUGACCAGCACCGCCUCCACCCUCUGCACCAUUAUAGAGUCCGGUGUCCCCGUGUCCAGUAGUCCAGUCUGUUUGCAGCUGACAGAAGAAGACCUGGAGGCCAUCAAACUGGACCCCAACGAGGUUGAGAAGAACUUGAGAGAAAGUUCUGAUGAAAACCUGAUGGAACAUUCAAAGAAACAGUUUGGUUCAACGGAGCAUGGACCUGCCGGCCUGCUGUACCACCAGAUCCUCCAGACCGAGGUGAACCACUCUGUGCUGGUUCUUCAGGGUGAUCGGGGGGUUCUUGGUCGGUUUGAUGCCCCUCCUCCCUCUAAACAACAGAACCUGCCCCAGAGACCCACCAGCCUCCACCUUCUCCACAAAACCAAGGACACCUCCUCCCGACUUAAGCUAGGGAAGGACAAGUCAAAUCACAGACAGGUGGAAACAGGUGUCGCUAAGAUGAACACGGUAACGGUCGCCACAGCUGUAGAGCCCCAUCAGGUAACCACAGUGACCAACAACAUCGCCACGAGAGGCAGCGACGAAUCUGGCGGUCGAGUCGUCUCCAGAUCGAUGGUCGCCAACGGCUACAGCGCCGGCGUCCCCACCCUGUUGACGAACGGUGUGACAGGAGGAGGUCAAACCAAUCCGGCGGGGCCGCAGCUGGAGGAGGAGGACAAGAUGGAGGCGGCGGUGAUCGGAGGAGAGGACAACCGUAUGAACCUGCUCAACUCCAGUCCGGAUGAACACGAACCACUGCUGAAGAGACAACAGCUGCCAGCUGAGAGCGAGCCCCUUCCUCAUCUGCAUCAUCAUCGUCAUCAGUCACAGACCGGCAACACCGUGUCGGGACAAGGCUCGAACUCCAACAACAAUAACAACAGAGCGGCGUUGGGGUCAAAUGUGAAGAUCCAGGGUUUGAAGGUUGAACCCGAAAGGAUGAUUGGUUCAGAGGUCCAUCAGGGUCGGAGCAGCGACGAUCCUAAACCUGAGCCACAUCCACCAAGUCAGCAGAGGAGUGAGUCUCCUGUUACUGGUCCAGCUGGACCAGCUACAUCGGACCAUGACCCAACACCACAGGAUAGAGGUCAUGGUUCAGAUACAUUCCCAUGUGUCCAGAGAGCCCGUUUUGCAGAACCAGUACCGACCCCUGAAUCAUCCAGAAGCCCAAAGGCUCAUCCUGUCCACUCUACUGCCACUGCACUGGUACCAGACCGUACAAAUACAGAUUCUGGCUCAGCUCCGAUCCUGGCAAAAGCUCCAGUGCCAAUCCCAGAGGACCCGGACACCUCAACCUCACCUUCAACAGCCCUGCUUUUAAAUUCCCUAACCCUUGAUCCAGAAGUUCAAGCCCUAAAAUUUCCAGUCUCAGAUCCAGAAGCUCCAGUCCAAGAAGCUCCAAUCGUGAAUCCAAAAGCUUCAGUUUUAGAGUUUCAAGUCUCAGCAAAUCCAGCUCCAGAACCUCCAGCUUUGGAAUCUCAACAUUUAGGAACCACAGCUCUUGCAGAAGCUUCAGCUCCAGAACCUGCAGCUCUACAAAAUCCCGCCUUAGAUCCAGAAACUCAAGGUCUGCUGCAGACCCAGAUGGGAAAGGCCAAAGCCAAGAGGCGUCAGCGUCCUUGUUCCCUGGACCUGUCCUCCUCCUGCAUCUCCUCAGAUUUUUCCCUGACAGAUAACGACAGUCUGAGCGCUUCAGGAGAGAAAAUAAAACACCGUGUCAAGACUCCGUACACCCUUAAGAAAUGGCGUCCAGCCUCAUGGGUCGUCUCCACGGAUACAGCUCUCAACACAGACUUCGACUUCAACCCCAGUGGCAGUAGCAGCCAGACCCAUUCAUCUUCUGGUCUUCAUGGAGAAGGGAGCAUCUUCAAAAGCAAUCAGUCCAAAUCUAGCAUGGCUGUGUUUCUGGUCGGAGGCGGAGCCACGGCGACCACGACCUCAAAGCCCGACGGAGUGACCUGCUUCUAAAGCUGUCGUUUGAUUAAAAAGGAGAGCAGAUUCAUUUUUUUCACUUCUUUGUCUUCCUUCUCUUUUUGUUUUGGAAAAUGGAGUUCACCAUUCAGCCUCCCCAGAACUAAACACUCUUUGAAGGACAGUUACCGAGCGGCCGAGUCCAGUGACCGCUUCACCCCUCUGACUUUCUAGCCGUGACCCUGUCUGUGUAGCAUAAACGUCCAUGAUGUCCAGGAGAUAUUUCUGUUUGUGGAUUCCUGAACUUCUAGAUGAUUGGCUUCUGUCGCAAAUAGUCUUGUGGCUAAUCGAAUAUCGGUAAGGCCUUGACCCUACCUGGGUCACAAAUUUACCUAGAAGGCCACUAAAGCAGACGUUCGGGGUCCGCUACAGUAUGUUCCUCUUUAGUAGACGUUCGG